GGAGGCAACGCGGAUGUCUAGAGAAUACAGUCAUUGGUCUAGACUAGCGAGAGMGUGUACGUCCGGGCACGUUAUUGUUGCAUCAGAAAUUGCAGACUGUUGACAUGUCAAGCUCGGGAGAGWUAGCCUUUGAUUAUGGCUUCUUGCUGCACACAAGUGAGGAGGCCACAGCCACCGUGGCUCUGAAUGAGUACCUGAGCUCCCGCAGCUACCUGGCUGGGUUCAGCCCCUCUCGGGUGGACCAGGAGGUCUUUGAGCUCCUGCAGAGGCCUCCGGCCMCGCAGCACGUGCACKCUCUGCGCUGGUACAGGCACAUAGCAGCCCUGCAGCGGGACAUCCCCAGCCCAGAUAGCAGCAUUAAAGGAAAGAGGGUACAGCCCCCCUGGUCUGCCCCAGCCGGGUCCAACCUGCCAAAGCUGCGACUCUACAACAGCCUCACACGCACCAAGGAGUUGUUUGUUCCCCAGAAUGGAAACAAGGUGUCGUGGUACUGCUGCGGACCCACUGUCUAUGAUGCCUCUCACAUGGGACAUGCCAGCCUUCAGGCCAAGCUGGUGAGACAAGACCCCAGACAAGAAACAGAUGCUGGAGAGGCUGGACUCUGCUUCGCGCUGCCCUGGGCCCCUGCGGGGCGGUGGGAGCCAAGGCUAUGGAGGGACAAACAACGCUGGCUCAGAAAUCUGAGUGUCCCAGCAGACAGCUCAGUGAGAAGAGGGUCGCAGAAUGACUUUGCCCUGUGGAAAGCCUCUAAGCGGGGGAGCGUCCUGGGACUCACCCUGGGUUGA